AUGGCAAACGUCGCAAGCACAUAUUCCGAUCCCAUCCACAUUGCCGUCAUUGGCGGCACUGGUCUGCAGUCGCUGCCUGGCUUUACUCUUGCUGCCAGCUUGAACGUCGAUACGCCAUGGGGCACCNCCUCGUCGCCCAUCAGUGUGCUGCACCACAAAUCUCCUUCGACCGGCAAGGACAUCCCCAUCGCUUUCUUGUCGAGACACGGUCUGCACCAUGAGAUUGCUCCCCAUGAGGUCCCUGCCCGCGCCAAUAUUGCCGCUCUCCGCUCCCUCGGUGUCCGUACCAUUAUCGCUUUCUCGGCUGUCGGAAGCUUGCAAGAGCAGAUCAAGCCUCGCGACUUUGUCGUGCCGGACCAGGUCAUUGACCGCACCAAGGGCAUUCGUCCCUUCACCUUCUUUGAGGAGGGUAUGGUUGGCCACGUUGGCUUUGCCGACCCCUUUGACGAGAAGCUCGGUGCUGUUGUGAGAAAACUUGGUCACAGCCUCGAGGGUGACAACGUGCACCUUCACGACAAGGGCACCAUUAUCUGCAUGGAGGGCCCUCAAUUCUCGACCCGCGCAGAGUCACACAUGUACCGCUCCUGGGGCGGCAGCGUCAUCAACAUGUCUGUCCUCCCCGAAGCCAAGUUGGCCAAGGAGGCCGAAAUCGCAUACCAGAUGAUCUGCAUGAGCACCGACUACGACUGCUGGCACAGCUCUGAAGACGUGACUGUCGAGAUGGUCAUGGGCAACAUGAAGGCCAACUCGGAAAACGCACGCCGCUUUGUUGGCGGUGUGCUGGAUGAGCUGAGCAAGGAGGAGCACACAGACUUGAUUUUGGCUAAGCACCUGGAGGGUCAGACCAAGUUUGCUGGUGGUAUUACUGCGCCUGCUGGUCGCAAAGAGGCUGCCAAGAAGAAGUUGACUUGGUUGUUCCCUGGUUACUUCGAGUAG